AUUUGGAGAAGGUAUAGAGUUGCUGCUACAAUCUUCGUGCAUCUUCUUUCAUCACUAGCAAUUGAUGCUUCCAUCCAUAGGUGUUGCUUCAGGUCUUUUGCACAUUCUUUCACAAUUGAUGAUUUCUCACAAUUGGCAAUCGUUAGGUGGUAGUUACAGAAACGAGAACCACAACACCAGGUGAACCACACAUCUAGUUGAGCACAUUACCGGGAGAGGAUUGAUCAUGUUUCAAUUAGUUCAUUUGUGUUAGGUAAAUGGGUCUGAACAUCAGAAGAUGUCUUAAUUGGAUAUGGUGUUUUGUUAGGGAAUUAAUAUGAUAUGAUGAAAAAGUUAAUGUAUUAUAUUUGUUUAGCAUUGGAAUAAUUUUUUAUAUCUAACAUACUACGUAUUGUGAAAUGGAUUGUCUUG